ACCUCCCAUUAUGGCGGAUAUGUUGUUAUUGUACGUUUGUUAAGUUCCGGGUUCCCUCUGGGUUCCUGCGAGACACGAAUGGAUUAUUGUGCGAAGAGUACCCUUUGAGUAGAAGGAAGGCGCUAUAUGGCAUCUGUCCUUCGCCGUUUGGCUGUUCCAGCGACCCUCAUACCCCUGAGCGUUCCUGUAGGACUCUACGCCUUCGCCAAACUAAACCCGGAGAAAACAACGGCCUACGCCAAGCCUGUGUUCCUCUGGCUGUGUGCCAAACUCAAAACAUUCCACCAGGAGAGAUUUUGUGUACUGAAAGAGGACGUCUUUUCUGGACUGAAGAAACAGGAUGGGAGAAAUUUGCAAGUUUUGGAAAUUGGACCGGGAAAGGGAGCAAACUUCGAAUAUUUUCCCCCAAGAACUUCUGUGAUUGCGGUUGACCCCAACAUUGAAUUUGCACAGGAGCUUGAAGAAAAUUCCAAACAGUACCCGGAUGUUAAGGUGACGAAGUUCGUAGUUGCGGGUGCAGAAGACAUGUCUGCCGUGGCGGAGGGAUCUGUGGACGCGGUGGUGUGUACUUUGGCCCUGUGCUCCGUCCAAGACGUCGACGCUGUCCUUGGGGAGGUCAAGAGAGUUCUCAAACCGGUAAUCAAAGUCACAACACUGACAGUAUAA